GCUGUGACGCCCGCCGGUUCACACGUGCUCCAUGUUUUCUCAAUUUUUUGCGAAUUUCAACAAUUAAGAGAUUUGUUGUGUGGUAUAGCUCGUGGUAGUCGCGUGGUGGUAUGAGAAUACUAUUUUUGAAGUCAAUACAUCCUUCAAUAAUUGAUCAAACUAUUCCACUCUAAAGUGAAAAAAUUAUGUUGCGAGUGCAAUUCCCUACUGGAUGCAAACCAGUGACGAGUGAUCUGGAGGAACAUGAAUUGGAGAAGAGAUUGAAGGUUCUCUCCGAGAAGCUCGCAGUCUGGAGAACGUCAGACUCAAAAAGCUACCAGAUUUAUGAAACUCUUGCCUACCACCUCGCGAAUGAACGCUUAUUUCUCGCCAACUCCAACAAAACCAUUCAACUCUGCGCUGCUAUCUGUCACUCUAACAUUUUUCGCGUAUUCUACCCUAUGUCCCCCUUCUCAAACACCCCUUACACCCUGUUCACGGUCCUCCGUUUCCUCAUAGACCACCUAAAACCUCUCAAGGACCCUUCAUCCCCUUUCUACGAGGAAUCCGAAUGCAUUCUCGCGAAUCUGACUCGAUCAAACGCUUUCGCUCUCUGCUCAAAUUUCAGCGAAAUCUCUACAACUCACAGAAUCCUCCAACGACUGAUUGCAGUUCUCUUCGAUAUCAUCGACAAAAACUCCCAGCAAGAUAUCUAUCGACUAAUCUCCAUUCUAAUAACGAACCUAAUCAAUUCUCCUCGAAAAAUUGUCGAGGGUGUCCUUCCCUUUAUUUUCCUGAACCUAACAUGCACUAGCAAUAAGACAGUUCAUAAAUUCUCAGAGAAAAUAUUACUCGAUUCCAAGAGAAUCCUACAGCCACUACUGGCUCAGGACUUCUUGAAGAUCCUCAUCAACAUCACAAGUCAUGACGUCCUCGACCAAGUACACCCAAUAAUCUCAGGAAUCUCCUCGAUCUAUCCCGAAAUACAAAGUUACAUUCUUCCACAACUCAUCACUCUGCUCAAGUCUUCAGACUACAAUAUUAAAUCCAAAGCAGUAGUCAUCCUCUUCGAGUUAUUGCAAAACGAACAUUCGGAAAACUACUGGAAACUUUUUUUGUCGAAUUUCUCAGACAAAAACGAGAAGAUCAGAAUAAUAUGUUUAGAAGGAGCGAAGAUUUUUCUACUAGAUUGUUCAACACGUGAUGAAAUCAUUGAACUCCUCAAACUGGUACAGCGGGAUUGUUCACCCCAAGUAAGAGCAGAAGUGAUUACGACGAUAGUCUCUGCUGCAGAGGAAGAGCCCGAGCUACUUUCAGAUCAAGGCCUCUUGAGCAUAAUCAAAGAAAGAGGUCUGGACAAGGACUAUGUAGUUCGAAAGCACACUCUGAAACAACUUUCAUCAAUCAUUCAUUCAGAUAAAUCCAAGGCAUUGAAGAAUUUUCGAACACCUGACGUUACGAAAUCCGUAAUGUCGUUAAUAGUGAACGAAGUUGUAUGUGGUUACUACAUCGAAGAUGAGAGGGAUCGAAUGUACGUCGAGAAAAUUCUCAACACAUGGUUUAUGAAUUUUCAUGCUGAAGUGCAGGACAGAAUGAUGACACUCUAUUAUGUUUUCACUCAGUUGAAUGAUGAUGCUUGUAGGGCAUUCACAGCGCUUCAAAUCCAUCGAUUCACAAUUCGAAAAUGUUUAAUAGAACUUUUUGAGUCACGAAGAGAGUUGAGAGUCGAAACUGAUGAGCUGAGAGUUAAAGAACUCGAGAAAUUGGCUCAGAAGCAGUUGAAAUUAUUUUCCAAGUUCUUUCCAAGAUCAAUUAAGAAUCCAGCUGAAACGGAAGUGAAUCUUCAGAAGUUCUUUGAGGCCAUUGACGAGGAUCCUUCCUUGGCGGAAGACAUGAAGACAGUUCUUCAGCCAAACGUUACUUGCGCGCAAUCUGAGGACCUCACUAACACGAUUUUGAGUAAGAUUGGAGAUUUAGAUACGACAGAUCCUUAUUAUAACACUGUUAGGACCUUGCUGGAGCGUUCCUGUUUGAUGGUCAUCGAUGAAACAGCAGUCCGUGUCUUGAUUGGGUACCUGAAGGCUGUUUUGAGACAUAAUCACGAGAUUAUUGAAGAUAUUGGAUUGGAUUCGAGAACAGCAGCAAAAAAAGGGUUCAAACUUCUGGAGAUUCUCUCCUUUUCUUCUGCUCCUUAUUUCAUUGACGGUGGAAUAUAUCACACGCUCGUAAGCUUUCUCAAAAUAAAAAACCCAUCAAUCACUGUCAAUGUCCUCCAUAUCCUGACGAACAUCGGCAAACUCACGGCCUUAGAUAAAAUUCCAUCCACUUGGACAGCUCUGGAAGAAUAUUGCAAAAGCUUCAUCAUUUCUGGGACUACGGAAGAGGCCAAGGCCGCUGUGAAACUCAUGUGCGGUCAACCGCUUUUCAAAGAUGAGAAGAUUCUCAAGGUUUUCCUGGAGAACAUCGAGGCUUGUUUGAUGGAUCCAUUUAAGGAGUCGAGGACUGCAAUUGCGAGUUUGGGGUAUAUUGCAUGGUUUGGCGAGGGAUCUGAUAAAAUGAUUUAUGGACUAAUAAAGAGGGUUUAUAUGAAAGUUCUGCGGUUUUAUCCGGACGAGUCUGGUGACAAAACUGUGAAGAAGGCUUGGUCUGAGAAGAAAGCUUUGCCGCUGGGAACGAUUUGUAGAUUGGAAGCGAUGAAAUGUGUCACGAGAUGGGUGAUAUCCCGUUCAGUCCAAGAGUCCUGGAUCAUCGAGAUUAUUCGACUAUUAAUGACUUUCAUAUCGCAGAAUGGAAAUGUUGAUAGACUUGGGAAUUUUCGAGCUGACGAGAAGUCUUGGUUGAGGCUUCAAGCAGGUGCUUGUCUGUUGAAGCUCUGCAGAUUUGAGAAGAUCGGGGACAAAUUGGAGCCGAAGCAAUUCUAUGAGCUAUCAAAACUGAUGCUGGAUGAUGUUUAUGAAGUCAGGAAAGGUUUCCAUUUGAAGCUGAAGAGAGGGUUGAGUCGCAAUUGUUCGACAAAGUGUCUGCCGAUUGAUUUCAUGGGAUUCUUUGUACUCGGGGGCCUCGAGAAGGACAAAGAUUUGAGGGAGGGGUUGAAAAGGGGAAUGAUUAUGCAAAUUCGGAAGAGUAAGAAGAACUUGAUGAAAUUGAUGAGAUUGGAUGGAUUGGGGGAGACAGGGGAGAAGGUGUUGGAGAACAUCAAGCCGGAGUGUGCGGUGAUCUAUGCUGUGGUGAUUCUUGUGCAUUGGAAAGGAAAGGAAACCAACUGGGAUAAGGAGUUGGUGGAAGUUAAGAGGGGGGUGGAGUUUGUUAUGGACUAUUGGUUCGAGGGGGAUGGAGAAGAAAAGGAGCAAAUGUUUAGAUUCUUCAAGCUGUUGAUGCAGAGAUUGCGAGUUUGUAGGGAUGCACUUACUCCUGACGACGAUUUAAUCAAUUCCAAGAUUCGAACUGUUUGCGAUGUUGCAAUCUGUUAUCUUGAAAAUGAUGUCAAGACGGAGAGAGGGGUGUUCGGAGAAGGGGAUGGUGCAGUGUUAGAGCCGCAGAUCCCCAAGAGAUAUCUCCUCUUCGAUGAGGAGUUGCUGAGAAAAUCUGGAGAGUCACUUUCGAAGGAAAUUCUAAUGGAAAGGUUGAAGAAUAUUGAGAAAGGGGAAAAGGAGAAGGAGACAAAGACGCAAAAAAAGAAGGAGAAGAAAGUGAUUAAUAAGAUUGAUUUGCAAUCGUCUUUCAAUGCAAUUUUUGGAGUAAGCAAGAGAACGAAGAGGAGGAAAUCAUCGGCGCUGGAAUCAUCAUCUACAAAAAGGAGGAAACUUCGUAUCUAAGACAGCUUCAUAAUUAAUCAUAUAUGGAUUACAAUAAUUUCGAAAUAAUCUAUAAUGUUUUUUCUUUAAAAAUAAUUGAGAAUAAUUCAAAAUAAUCCAAUAAAAUUUUGAAAGAUGAGUUGAAAAUUAUGAAGUAAUAGUAAAUA